CUCUCUGCUCAAACAGAAAAUGGAACUUUCCAGAACCGCCGGUGCCGCCGACGAUCAACUUGCUCGGACUUCCGAAAUCGAAUCUCAGCUUUCCUCCGUCGUUUACGAGCUCUCACAACAAGUGCAAGGGGCAAUGGAGAACAUGCUGAAGAUGAUAAACGAAAUUGAUCAGAGCUCUACUGAAGUAACAGAAGACAUGGAGAAGUGCAAGGAGUCUGCUCUUGAGAGAAGUAAAACUUUAGAGGAACAGAAGGAACAUUUUCAAAGAGCUGCUUAUGCUAUUUUGGACAUGCUAAAUAACCAGGAGAGAGGAUAA